GGGGGAAAGUUGAGUUGGGAGAAGUUGGGAGCGGCGGGGACGCGCCCCGAAGUGGGCUCCGGGGGCAAUCGCCGGGCGCCGGAAGACCGGGAGGGACCCCGAGACCUCCCCUGGGGGGGCACCCAGCCUCGAGCCCGCGGGUUAUGCCUCCGCCUUGUCUUGAAAGCCGCAGUGACAGUGAGAAAGGCUAAGAUUUGGCCAUGAGCAGCGGUCCCCGGCGCCCCGCAACGGGCGCAGAUUCCUCUGUCUUGCAGCCAGAGUCCGAGAGCUUGGGCCCACCGGCACCUGGCUUCCCUGUGCCCGAGGAGGAGGAGGACCUUGAGCUGCAUCGGACCCUUGGCGUGGAGCGAUUUGAGGAGAUUCUGCAGGAAGCAGGGUCCCGGGGUGGCGAGGAGCCAGGACGGAGCUAUGGGGAGGAAGACUUUGAAUACCACCGUCAGUCAUCGCAUCACAUCCAUCACCCGCUGUCCACCCACCUGCCCCCGGACACCCGGCGCCGCAAGACACCCCAGGGUCCCGGAAGAAAGCCUCGACGUCGCCCUGGGGCCUCCCCCACCGGGGAGACCCCCACCAUUGAGGAGGGAGAGGAAGAUGAGGAGGAGAACAGUGAGGCUGAGGGGGCAAGGUCACUCCCUCAACUGUCACCCACCUCCACUCUCGCCGCAUCAUCAGUGCAGUUCUUUCUCCAAGAAGAUGAAGGCGCUGACCGCAAGGCGGGAAGGACCAGCCCAUCUCCUCCUCCACCAAUGCCCCACCAGGAGAUGGGGUACCAGGCUGCCAGGGGGCCCCAGGCCGGAGCCACAGUGGAGGAGGUGGCAGCAGUGGCCAGCCCAGCUGCAGGAGGGGACGAUGGGGGUGCCUCUGGCCGGCCCCUGAGCAAGGCACAGCCAGGGCACCGCAGCUACAACCUGCAGGAGCGGCGGCGCAUUGGCAGCAUGACAGGGGCCGAGCAGGCACUGCUGCCCCAGGUCCCCACGGAUGAGAGCGAGGCUCAGACACUGGCCACGGCUGACCUGGACCUGAUGAAGAGUCACCGGUUUGAGGAUGUCCCUGGGGUACGGCGGCACUUGGUUCGGAAGAAUGCCAAAGGACCUGCACUCGGUGGCCGGGAAGGGCGUGACCCAGGUCCCACGCCGCGGUCCCGGCCCCGGGCCCCCCACAAACCCCACGAGGUGUUUGUGGAGCUCAAUGAGCUGCUCCUAGACAAAAACCAAGAGCCCCAGUGGCGAGAAACUGCGCGCUGGAUCAAGUUUGAGGAGGACGUAGAGGAGGAGACUGAGCGCUGGGGGAAGCCACAUGUGGCUUCGCUCUCCUUCCGCAGCUUGCUGGAGCUCCGCCGGACACUGGCCCAUGGGGCUGUGCUCUUGGACCUGGACCAGCAGACCCUGCCUGGGGUGGCCCACCAGGUGGUAGAGCAGAUGGUCAUCUCUGACCAGAUCAAGGCCGAAGACAGGGCCAAUGUGCUGCGGGCGCUGUUACUCAAGCACAGCCACCCUAGCGACGAAAAGGACUUCUCCUUCCCUCGAAACAUCUCAGCCGGCUCCCUGGGCUCCCUGCUGGGCCACCACCAUGGCCAGGGUGCUGAGGGUGAUCCCCACGUCACUGAACCCCUCAUUGGAGGGAUACCUGAGGCCCGGAUAGAGGUGGAGAGAGAGCGUGAACUGCCACCCCCGGCCCCUCCAGCUGGCAUCACCCGCUCCAAAUCCAAGCACGAACUGAAGCUGCUGGAGAAGAUUCCUGAGAAUGCUGAGGCCACAGUGGUCCUUGUUGGCUGCGUGGAGUUUCUCUCCCGUCCCACGAUGGCCUUCGUGCGACUUCGGGAGGCAGUGGAGUUGGACGCAGUGCUAGAGGUGCCAGUGCCUGUGCGCUUCCUCUUUCUGCUGCUGGGCCCAAGCAGUGCCAAUAUGGACUACCAUGAGAUUGGCCGCUCUAUCUCCACGCUCAUGUCCGACAAGCAAUUUCAUGAGGCCGCUUAUCUGGCGGACGAGCGGGAGGACCUGCUGACAGCCAUCAAUGCCUUCCUGGACUGCAGUGUGGUGCUGCCACCGUCUGAGGUGCAGGGCGAGGAGCUACUGCGCUCUGUGGCCCAUUUCCAGCGCCAGAUGCUCAAGAAGCGGGAAGAGCAGGGCCGUCUGCUGCCCACGGGGGCCGGGCUAGAGCCCAAGUCUUCCCAGGAUAAGGCGCUCCUGCAGAUGAUAGAGGCAGCCGACACUGUGGAGGAAGAUGACCCCCUAAGGCGGACAGGCCGACCCUUCGGGGGGCUGAUCCGAGACGUGCGGCGCCGCUACCCCCACUACCUAAGUGACUUCCGGGAUGCGCUGGACCCUCAGUGCUUGGCUGCCGUUAUCUUCAUCUACUUUGCUGCCUUGUCCCCUGCCAUUACCUUUGGAGGCCUGCUGGGAGAGAAGACACAGGAUCUCAUUGGGGUGUCAGAGCUGAUCAUGUCCACAGCACUGCAGGGCAUCAUCUUCUGUCUGCUGGGUGCCCAGCCACUGCUGGUGAUCGGCUUCUCAGGGCCCCUGCUGGUCUUUGAGGAAGCCUUCUUCUCGUUCUGCACUAGCAACAACUUGGAGUACCUGGUGGGACGCGUGUGGAUCGGUUUCUGGCUGGUCCUCCUGGCCCUGCUCAUGGUGGCGCUAGAGGGCAGCUUCCUGGUGCGCUUCGUGUCUCGCUUCACCCAAGAGAUCUUUGCCUUCCUCAUCUCCCUCAUCUUCAUCUAUGAGACCUUCUACAAGCUGGUGAAGAUCUUCCAGGAACACCCCCUCCAUGACUGCUCAGUAGGCAACAGCUCCAAGGAGGAUACGGACCACAACUCUACCUGGGCCAGGAUGGAAAUGGUGAUGGGCCUGGCAAAUGCAAGCUUGCCCACACAGCCUGGGCAGACACCACCCCAGGGCCAACCCAACACAGCCCUGCUGUCACUGGUGCUCAUGGCUGGCACAUUCUUCAUUGCCUUCUUCCUGCGCAAGUUCAAGAACAGCCGCUUCUUCCCGGGCCGAGUGCGGAGGGUGAUUGGCGACUUUGGGGUGCCUAUUGCAAUCCUCAUCAUGGUGCUCGUGGAUUACAGUAUUAAGGACACCUACACCCAGAAACUGAGCGUGCCCAGUGGCUUCUCAGUGACAGCCCCUGAGAAACGGGGCUGGUUUAUCAACCCCCUCGGGGAGAAGGAUGCAUUCCCUGUGUGGAUGAUGGUGGCCAGCCUGCUGCCUGCCAUCUUGGUCUUCAUCCUCAUCUUCAUGGAGACUCAGAUAACCACCCUCAUCAUCUCCAAGAAGGAGCGCAUGCUGCAGAAGGGCUCCGGCUUCCAUCUGGACCUGCUGCUCAUUGUGGCCAUGGGGGGCAUAUGUGCCCUCUUUGGCUUGCCCUGGUUGGCAGCAGCCACAGUCCGCUCCGUCACUCAUGCCAAUGCACUUACUGUCAUGAGCAAGGCCGUGGCACCUGGAGACAAGCCCAAGAUCCAGGAGGUCAAGGAGCAGCGGGUGACAGGGCUGCUGGUGGCUGUGCUUGUGGGCCUCUCCAUCGUGAUUGGGGACCUGCUGCGCCAGAUCCCCUUGGCUGUGCUCUUUGGCAUCUUCCUAUACAUGGGCGUCACAUCUCUGAAUGGGAUUCAGCUCUACGAACGGCUACACCUCAUGCUCAUGCCAGCCAAGCACCACCCAGACGUUACCUAUGUCAAGAAGGUUCGGACCCUGCGGAUGCACCUGUUCACAGCACUGCAGCUGCUCUGCCUGACCCUACUCUGGGCCGUCAUGUCCACGGCCGCCUCCCUUGCCUUCCCCUUCAUCCUCAUCCUCACAGUGCCACUGCGCAUGGUGGUCCUCACCCGCAUCUUCACCGAGCGAGAGAUGAAAUGUCUGGACGCCAAUGAGGCGGAGCCGGUAUUCGAUGAGCGGGAGGGAGUGGACGAGUACAAUGAGAUGCCCAUGCCCGUGUAGCCACUGCCUGGAGAGACAGCCACAAGAUGGACAGAUGGGGACCAGGGGCUGGGGGGUACCCCAUCCCCCAUACCUCCAUGUUUUUAUUUAAAUGAAUAAUUUAACGGCCCCUUCCCUGCUCCCCACAGUAAAGUGCUUUAGCCACCA